UGGGGCUGGAUGCGCACCUGUCUACACCGGGCACCUGUCUUCACCGGACACUCUGUGCGGCUCAGCCAUGUACCGGCCAGCUGUGGUGAGGGGCAGGAGAGCAGCGUGUCCUGCGCCCUGGGUCGUCGGCCUGGUCGUCUUCGUGUCCCUGGUCGUCCUGGCGGUGUGCGUGGGGCUCACGGUUCACUACGUCAGGCACAAUCAAAGGAAGACCUACAAUUACUACAGCACAUUGUCAUUCACAAGCGACAAACUCUAUGCUGACUUUGGAAGAGAGGCUUCUAAAAAUUUUACAGAGAUGAGCCAGAGACUUGAGUCAAUGGUGAGAAACGCAUUUUAUAAAUCUUCAUUAAAGGGAGAAUUUGUCAAAUCUCAUGUUGUCAAAUUCAGUCAAGAGCAACACAGGGUUCUGGCUCAUAUGCUGCUGAUCUGUAGAUUCCGUGCUACUGAGGAUCCUGAAACUGUAAAUUAUAUUAUUCAACAUGUUCUACAUGAAAAGCUGCGAGAUGCUGUGGGACCCCCUAAAGUAGAUCCAGAAUCAGUUAAAAUUAAAAAAAUCAACAAGACAGAAACUGACAGCUACCUGAACAAUUGCUGCGGGACGCGGAGGAGCAGCCCCACCGGGCAGAGCGUCCGCAUCGUGGGCGGGACGGCGGCGCAGGAGGGCGAGUGGCCGUGGCAGGCCAGCCUGCAGUGGGACGGGGUGCACCGCUGCGGCGCCGCGCUCAUCAACGCCUCGUGGCUCGUGAGCGCGGCCCACUGCUUCGCCACGUAUAAGGACCACACCAGAUGGACUGCUUCCUUUGGAGUAACGCUAAGACCUGCAAAAAUGGUGCAAGGCCUCCGGAGGAUAAUUGUUCAUGAAAACUACAAACACCUGUCACACGACUAUGAUAUUUCACUAGCAGAGCUCUCUAGCCCUGUCCCCUACACAAACACAGCACACAGAGUCUGUCUCCCUGACGCCUCCUAUGAGUUCCAUCCUGGUGCCAAGAUGUUUGUGACAGGAUUCGGAGCACUGCAGAAUGACGGAACCACUCAAAAUCACCUUCGGCAAGCACAGGUGACUCUCAUAGACACCAGAAUCUGCAAUGAACCUCAGUCGUACAACGGUGCCAUAACUCCUAGAAUGUUAUGUGCUGGUUUCUUAAAAGGAAAAAGAGAUGCAUGCCAGGGUGACUCUGGAGGACCACUGGUCAGUGCAGAUGCUAGAGACAUCUGGUACCUCGCUGGGAUAGUGAGCUGGGGAGAAGGCUGCGCCAAGCCCAACAAGCCCGGCGUUUACACUAGAGUUACUGCCCUCCGCGACUGGAUCACGGCCAGAACUGGUAUCUGAGGAAACGCAACACAUUGUUUGUGCACAGGCCAUUUUCAGAGACACGGAAUUGCAGAAGAAGCCUGGCAAAUCCUCCAGCUCUGACUGGUCUCGGCGCACCCUUGAGGCCUAUAGGUCCUUCUGUGUGUGCGCAUGCGCGCUCUGCUCUGCCAGCUCCUAACCGUAUUCACUUAGUUUUCUAGAUUUCUGUCACCUAAAUUUUGACUUGACGCAAAUUUCUUGCGCCUACAUACUAUUCAAAGCAACUCCUUUGAUUUCCUUCAGCUUCUAUCAUCUUUGUAGAUUUUUACUUUCAAGGUACAGGACAAGGAGUAAAAGAAAAUAUGAGAUGAAAAACACCUACUGUUUGGUUUAGAGAAGUAUUUUUUUUUCUUAGCGCAAUGUGGAAAAUUAUAUUUAUUAUGAUAGGUCAAGCAAACAGACAGCGGAAUACCAAUUGCUUCAUGAUGGAGAAAGAAUGGAAAUCAAGUGAGAAACCUGAUUUAGGUUUAGGUUUAUUUCCAGUCAAAUGACUGAGAUAAAUAUGAGGAAGAUUCUGGUUUCUGUGACCUACAAUAAUACAAACUCCAUGUAAUGUGCUUGUUAUAAACAAGUUAAAGCAAACGAUACUUAACAUUGCACUGCUGAGGAUGUCAAUAUACAAUAAUAAAUACAUCAUCCAUUUUCUUGAAGUUAUGAUAAUCUAUAAAGAAAGGGAAGAAGGGGAAAAUGUUAUUAAUUUAUUAUUACACAUUUUUUGGAAAUGUGAGGCUAGAAUGAAAUUACCUAACAAUUGCAAUCAGUGUAACCUGGCUUAUUGUACCCUCAAUGAAUCCCCAAUAAUAAAAAAAAAAAAAAAAUCAUUUAACAAUGAUCAGCAUGACUUAUGUAGCAAAAUUGUGCAGUUGAAUGGGAAGGGAUGAAGAGAGGACUGGCCCAGAUGGCCAGUUGCUGCAGCUAAGGCUUUCCGGAGCUGCGGGGGCGGGAGGGGGUGCGUCCAGGUGGGAGUGCACAGCCCGUGCAGCUGGAGCCUGCACAGAGCUCAGCGUGAGCCGUGGCGGGUGCGCCCUGCGGGCCGCUGUGCUGUAGUCUGCUGGUACUCACAGCACCUGUGGCCUAGUCCAGGCUGAAGUGGGAAGGCAUCCGGCCAGUGCCUCCCUGCCCAAGCUGGCUUCACGCUGCAUUGCUGACCACCUGGAUGCGGGACUGAAGAGGAAAAUCACAAUACGGCCGUCUUUACAGUUUUGGCUUUAGAAAAUUAUUACCGAGCCUUGGGUGACCUAGGCCACAGUGACAUCAGCACCAUAGCCUAGACACACCUUGGUGGCGCUGAGCUCCCACCGAGGCCUCGGUCGCCCCUCCUCGCUGUGUGCAGCUGCGCACACAAGCUCUGCGUUGUUACAGCCACCACUUUAAUACCAGCAUUAGCAGGACAGACUUCACUUUGACCUGAAUGACAUUGACAUAGAAGCUGAUAAAAUGUAGGCCCUUAGCUAAAAUAAGAUACAAAAACUAAUGUGAAUUGUCAACGUUAAAUGUUUUGCAUAAACUAUCUCGUUCCAUUUAAUAAAACCUUCGAGAAAACAAUAUUGAGAAAAAUGUUACAUUUUUAGUAAAGAUAUGAGCACAUUUCAAACUGGAGUGCUCUGAGUGUUCUGUACA